AUGAUAGUUUUGUCGAAGCCCAAUAUUCCCAAAACUAAUACUUCUUUAAUUAAAACACACCUGGCCUUCCUGAAGUUCAUCAAAGGCCUUCCUAAAGAAGCGGCGAUAGAUAGGGCAAUCGGAUCCAGCAUGAUGCUUAGGUUUUUCCCCAAGACAACUGUGGAUGUUUUUGCAUUGGUGCUGGAAUCUGGCGGCAGUAAGCUUUCAUUUCAUAAUGUAUUUCUGUUUACUUGAUAAGAGAUGAUGUAUUCAAUGUUCUGUCUCAGUAAGAAUCUUAUCAUUGAUCCUAUUUUUGAGGAGGAAAACUCCCAAGAUGGAAGCUUGAUGAUUAUGUGCAUGCCUUCUCGCUAUGAAAUUACUCAACUUACAUUUACUGGGGAAUGGUCUACUCCAAUGAUUAACGAGAGAAUACAUCUUUGCCUUGACGCUUGUGCAAAACUUGCAAAGAUUAUGAGGUUGUGUUUGAAAGAAACUGCUUCUGAUUCUCAGGAAUAG